GGGGGUGUUUCACACGGCGGAGAGGCAGGCAGCGGCGUCGCAGCGCUACAACAAGAGCGGCUUUUGGGCUUUGUUUCGUGGAUGUGAAUGAGCUCCAUCACCUCCUCCAGAAAUGUGGACGGAUUUAAGGAUAUUGCUACUUUUUAAUUUGUUCGUCCUCAGGCUUCAUUUCACAAAAGCCACGGAUGAGUGUGAGGAUGGACAGUUUCAGUGCAACAACAAAAGGUGUAUACCGACCAUCUGGAGGUGUGACGACGAUGACGACUGCUCAGACAACAGUGAUGAAGAAAACUGUCCCAGGAAAACAUGUGCCCCAGCAGAGUUUGCUUGUUUGAAUGGGCAGUGUGUCCCAGGACGCUGGCGCUGUGACGGGGAACCAGAGUGUCCGGAUGGGUCCGAUGAGGCAGAGGAGACUUGCAGCAAACAGACGUGCCCUCCAGAGAAAUUUGACUGUGGGGGAUCAACUAACAAGUGUGUCUCGUUGUCAUGGAGAUGUGAUGGGGAGAAAGACUGCGAGAAUGGCGCUGACGAGGAGGACUGUGCGUCUGAUGCCAAGGCCUGUCCCAGCGGUGAGUUCAUGUGUGCCAACCGCAAAUGUUUAGCCACCGUCUACGUGUGCGAUGGUGAUGAUGACUGCGGCGACGGCAGCGAUGAGCUGAAGUGCACCUCUCCUCUAACUUGUGGGCCCAACCACCUCCGCUGUAACACCUCAGAGUGCGUGCCGCUCAUGUGGAGCUGUGACGGCGACCCUGACUGCUCCGACAGUUCAGACGAGGGGCCCGAGCGCUGCGGAGGUGAUGGAGCCCCAUACCUGCCCAACCGCCGAGCCAACUGCACCAGUGGGGAGUUUCGCUGUGCCAAUGGCGAGUGUGUGCGACUGACCUGGAAGUGCGAUGGAGAUCCUGACUGCAAAGACAAAUCUGAUGAGUCAGACUGCCCUCUGUUGACGUGUCGUCCUGAUGAAUUCCAGUGCGGUGAUGGUUCCUGCAUCCACGGCACCAAGCAGUGUAACAAGGUCCACGACUGUCCUGACCACAGCGAUGAAUCUGGAUGCGUUAACGCCACCAAAUGUGAAGGACCCCUCAAGUUUCUAUGCAAGAAUGGGGAAUGUAUUGACAGCUCCAAGGUGUGUGACUCAGUGAAGGACUGCAAGGACCGAUCAGAUGAGCCCAAAAAAGAAUGCGGACUGAAUGAGUGUAUGAUCAAUAAUGGCGGGUGCUCCCAUGUCUGCAUGGACCGACCAAUUGGCUUUGAGUGUCAGUGCCCUACCGGCUACCGGCUGCUAGACAAAAAGACUUGUGGAGAUAUUGAUGAGUGUGAGAACCCGGAUGCCUGUAGCCAGAUCUGCAUAAACUACAAAGGGGAUUUUAAAUGCGAGUGCUACGAAGGAUACGAGAUGGACCCGGUCACUAAGACCUGCAAAGCAGAAGGUAAAAGCCCUUACCUACUGUUCACCAACCGACAUGAGAUCCGACGCAUUGACUUAGUGAAGAGGGACUACAGUCAGGUGGUAUCCACACAGAAGAACGCUGUGGCUCUGGAUCUGGAUGUGGCAAACAACCGUGUUUUCUGGUGUGAUCGAUUUCACCGGAAAAUCUACAGUGCCUUCAUCCACGAGGCCAGUGACCCCUCCCAGCAGGUGCCACUGGUAGAAUCAUCUCUGCAGACCCCUGUAGGACUGGCUGUGGACUGGCUCCAACACAACCUGUACUGGACCGACUCAGGGGACAAAUCCAUCUCCGUGGCCUCAGUGGACGGCACCAAAAGACGUGUCCUCGUCAGCACUGACCUGAGCGAACCCCGAGCCAUAGCACUGGAUCCCCACCAUGGCUUUAUGUACUGGUCAGACUGGGGCACGCGAGCCAAAAUAGAGAAGGCCGGUAUGAAUGGAGUGGACCGACAGGUGCUGGUGGCUGAUAACAUUGAGUGGCCCAACGGCAUCACACUGGAUGUGGCCAACCGCCGUCUGUACUGGGUGGAUUCCAAACUGCACCUCAUAGCCAGCGUGGACCUGAACGGAGCUCACCGCAGGACGCAUAUGUCGUCCGCGGAGAGACUGGGGCACCCGUACGCCCUGGCUGUUUUUGAGGAUCGUAUUUACUGGACAGACAGAGACAAAGCAGCAGUCUUCAUGGCCAACAGGCUGACUGGAGAAGACAUCCAUGCCCUUGCUGAAAACCUUAAUGACCCCCAUGACAUUGUGGUCUUCCACCAGCUUCGACAGCCACAAGGCCCAGACAGCUGUAAUCUGGGCAGCGUAGCCAAUGGAGGUUGUGAGUACUUGUGUCUUAAGGCUCCACAGAUCACUGAACACUCCCCCAAAUACACCUGCGCCUGCCCCGAUGGACAGGACCUGGGGCCUGACAUGAGAGGCUGUGUGCCAGCAGCGCCAAGAGAUGACAUGACAGCAACAUCUUCACCCCCCACUGAAUUUACUCCGGGCACUGGAGCGACUGAGGGAACAGGAGGAGUGUCACAGGCGGAUGCAAUCCCCCGCUUGACCACAGCUCCAUCUGGCUCCCCCGAGCCUCUCACAACCCUCAGCACACUCAAGCCUAUGUCCUCGCAGGAAUCGAAGGCGUUGGGCUCCCACUCCACUGCCACUACUAUGAUUCUCUCCACCACACCUGCAGGAGACAGCAGCGUCUCACAACACUCUGGAAGCGAGCAUUUCCUCCUGGGUGAGAACCUCACUGUGGCUGUUUUGGGAGUGGUCAUCCCCAUCGUUCCUAUCGUUGCCACAGUGGUGUUCGGCCUGGUCUGCACCGCGGUCUACCUGGUGUGGCGCAACUGGCGGCGCAACUCCACCAAGAGCAUGAACUUCGACAACCCCGUCUACCGCAAAACCACCGGCGAGGGCGAGGAGGACGAGAUCCACAUCGGACGGACGGACGCCAUGGGACACCACGCGCACCACCACCCGUACCCUCAGGGCGUCGGCAUGGGAGUCGUGGCAGCGGGAGGGGGCACCUGCCCGCAGUUCAUUGCCCUGCCUCUCGGGGGCAGCAUGCCAGAUCCCGGGACUCACUGGUACACAGAGCAGCCCAUGCUCUCCACUGCAAAGUGACCUGCAAACAGGAGGCAACUCCUGGAAAAGAUGGCCGCUCAAGGCACACGCACACACAGUGAGGUCAGAGGUGACUUGGACUGAGUUUGCUGAGGGAAUGAACAACAUAUCAUCAAGUGUUACAUGCAGUCAUUCCCAGCCAUAUCCUAUGCCAGUUCCCAUUUGAAAACCACCAGUAAGACAAAUAGGACUCUUAAAAAAUAGUUUCAUACCUUUUUUCUGUGAGAUGAGUCUCAUUUUUCUUCAGUGAACGCUGAGAUUUAAUCACAGAAUUAUAAUUGUGUGCUAACGUGUUUCUGACUUUGACCUCAGCUGGAAUAAUGGAGUUAGAGUGGUUCCUCUUUUGCAUUGAGUGAGGCUUGUGCUGUGUGUCUUAUAUUUUGUGACAGGGGCUAGUGAGAGACUCUUUGUCAUCCUUGAUGUAUUAAUUUGGGCUUGGUGUUAUUCCCGGUGGGCCCGCAGUGCCCUGGGAACGCUAUUAGCGAAGGAGGAGCUGUGAAACUGGGACAGCCCGUGCGUUGAUGGGACAAUCUGUACAGAUUCAUGUUAGAGCCAAUCACAUUGUUGUUGCUGGACUUGUCUUGUGUAGGUAACAUUUGUGUGGGUUUCUUUGAAGAUUUUUUUCCCAUUUUGCGAUUGAUUUUUAAAGGUUACUAACUACAUUUUGUGCUUUCUCUCUGGUUCAGAGGAAGGCCUUUCAGGGUGAGUUGUCUAACAUUUCAAGGUGUAGUUGAACACAGUUGAUUUGAGAGGUUAUGUAUUUAUCUGACCUUCAACACCCCUGAGGUUUAGUUAAAGAGCAGCAGGUUUGCAGACUGAGGGAAGAAAAAAAUGAGACAAAGAGUAUUCAGCUUGUUUUCUUUGAGCAGGGAGAGUUAGAGGGGAGUGGGUUUUACACAGAAGUUCUGUCUUCAUUAUUGUGGCUUGUUUAGAUGUUAAAUGGUUUGAGAAAAGCAAUAGGCGGCAGCAAUAGGC